CAUCUUCCAGUAACUCGCCAAAAUGACAAACACAAAGGGAAAGAGGAGAGGCACCCGGUACAUGUUCUCUAGGCAUUUUAGGAAACAUGGAGUUGUUCCUUUGGCCACAUACAUGCGAAUCUACAAGAAGGGUGAUAUUGUAGACAUCAAGGGAAUGGGCACUGUUCAAAAAGGAAUGCCCCACAAGUGUUACCACAGAAAAACUGUAAGAGUCUACAAUGUCACCCAGCAUGCCGUGGGCAUCAUUGUAAACAAGCAAGUUAAGGGCAAGAUUCUGGCCAAGAGGAUCAAUGUGCGGAUUGAGUACAUCAAGCACCCUGAGAACAGAGACAGCUUCCUGAAGCUGGUGAAGGAGAAUGAUCAGAAGAAAAAGGAGGUCAAAGAGAAGGGCACCUGGGUUCAGCUGAAGUGCUAG